AUGUGGCCGGGAAUAGCGGUUCCCCGGGCAGCGGGGCAGGAUCGGGCCUGCCCGGCGCGAGGCCGCGCGGAGCGUUUCGCCACCCGAGUUCCUAUCCGGGCAGGAUCGCUGUCGCGCUUCCCUGCAGAGCGGCCGGCUCCCAAACGCUCUGCUAAUCAUAGCUCCGGCUUCCUGUUUUCCCGGGGAGGAGCGAAGGGCUCCUCGGGCCGCUUCCCGGGGCCGCCGUGCCGGGGGGAUCCGUGCGCCUCGCAGGGCUGCUCUAGUUCCCUGGCGCCGCCAGCGCCGCCGGCCCCGGCGCCGACCCUCUCGCCCGCCCGCAGGUGUAAGGUCUGCCCCUUGACAUUCUUCACCAAGUCGGAGAUGCAGAUCCACUCCAAGUCGCACACGGAGGCCAAGCCCCACAAGUGCCCGCAUUGCUCCAAGUCCUUCGCCAACGCGUCCUACCUGGCGCAGCACCUGCGCAUCCACCUGGGCGUCAAGCCCUACCACUGCUCCUACUGCGAGAAGUCCUUCCGGCAGCUCUCCCACCUCCAGCAGCACACGCGAAUCCACACCGGAGACAGACCCUACAAGUGCCCGCACCCCGGCUGCGAAAAGGCCUUCACGCAACUCUCCAACCUCCAGUCUCACCAGCGACAGCACAACAAGGACAAGCCCUACAAGUGCCCCAACUGCUACCGGGCUUACACGGACUCGGCGUCGCUGCAGAUCCACCUCUCGGCGCACGCCAUCAAGCACGCCAAGGCCUAUUGCUGCAGCAUGUGCGGCCGCGCGUAUACCUCGCCGUGCGGAGGCCGCGGCCUCGACGGGGACGUUCGUGUCCUGCCGGGGACGGGGUAG